AUGAAGCAGCCUUCUGACAAUAUUUCUUUGUCUGAAUUCCCCGCAACGUCUCGGGACGUUGCAGCGGUUUCUGCACCUCCUCAGACGACCUACCCCCCUCCUAGGACUGUUGCCAUUGUCAUGAUCGCUCUAUACCUCGCGAUGUUUCUAGUAGCCCUUGAUCGCACUAUCAUAGCUACUGCAGUCCCCAAAAUCACCGAUGAAUUCAAUUCCCUCAACGACGUGGGUUGGUACGGCAGCGCCUACCUGAUCGCCAGCUGCGCUAGCCAACUCCUCAUCGGCCGCUUCUACACCUUCUACCCCAUUAAAUGGGUGUUCCUCACGACCAUCAUUCUCUUCGAGAUCGGCUCCGCCGUCUGCGGUGCGGCACCCACCUCUACAGCCCUCAUCGUCGGGCGCGCGAUCGCGGGACUAGGGUCCGCAGGCAUCUUCUCCGGCGCGAUUGUCAUCAUGGUCCCCCUGGUGCCCCUCGACAAGCGGUCCGUGUACCAGGGCGCGCUGGGCGCCAUCUUCGGCCUGUCCUCCGUCAUCGGCCCGCUCCUCGGCGGCGCGUUCACGAAGGACGUCAGCUGGCGCUGGUGCUUCUACAUCAACCUCCCCAUCGGCGCCGUGUCCAUCGUCGUCAUCGCCUUGAUUCUGCACCUCCCGCCCGCGCCACGCGCGCCCGCCAGCCCGAUGGAGAAAACGAAACGCCUGGACCCCCUGGGCACCCUCGUCUUCCUCCCGUCCAUGAUCUGCCUCCUGCUGGCUCUGCAGUGGGGCGGCACGACCUACGCGUGGGGCAGCGGGCGCGUCGUCGCGCUCCUGGUGGUGUUUGCGGUUCUUCUCUCAGCGUUCGUCGUGAUUCAGGUGCGGCAGAAGGAGAACGCGACCGUCGCACCGCACGUCUUCGCACAGCGCAGCAUCCUGUCGGGAUUCGUGUUCUCUAUGUGCAUAGGCAGUGCGAUGCUAGUGUGCCUAUACUUCCUGCCGAUAUGGUUCCAGGCAAUCAAAGGCGCGAGCACGCUCGCGUCGGGCAUCAUGCUCUUGCCGUUCAUCCUCAGCCUAGUCGUCGCGAGCAUCCUCGCCGGCGUCUUCACCGCGAAGGUCGGGUACUACACCCCGCUCAUGAUCGCCUGCGCGGUGCUAUUGUCCAUUGGCACAGGCCUCAUGACGACGUUCACGCCACGCACCGCGCACCCCUCGUGGAUCGGAUACCAGGUGAUCUUUGGGUUCGGAUUGGGCAUGGGCAUGCAGCAGCCAGGAAUGGCCGCCCAGACGACGCUCGCGCCGCAAGACGUCUCGGUGGGCGUGUCGCUCAUGCCCUUCGCGCAGUCGCUGGGCGGCGCAAUCUUCCUCUCCGUCGCCGAGAACAUAUUCACCAACCGGCUUGCCUCAGGGCUGCAGCGCGUCGCCGGGCUCGACCCCGCCGUUGUGAUCAACUCGGGCGCGACGAACCUGCGGGACGUCGUGCCCGCGGAAAAGCUGGGGGACGUGCUCGCGGUGUACAACGAUGCCAUCAUCGUGGCGUUCUAUGUCGCCGUCGCGUGGGCGUGCUUCGCGAUCGUCCCUGCGCUCACUAUGGAGUGGAGGAGCGUCAAGGGUGAAGCUAGACAGUAA